UCAAAGAAAUGGUUCCAAAGAUAGUUCACGCGAAUCACCGCUAGCCAGGGUUGAGAUCGCCCAAGCUUCGGCGUCGUCGUCGAUCCUGCAUCAGCUUAGGAACACCUCGACAACUACCUUGGAAGCCUAGAUUCGUGUCGCAAAUCCCUGGGAAUGCUGCUACGGUAUCUCCUCUUCCAUAGCAGCGUCAUGGACAGCUUCUGAACGCAUUCACCAUGUCCUCCAAUCCGUUCCGCCGCUCCCAGCUCCCAUCUGUGACCAGUGCGCCUCCAGUAACAUUCAGAACCGGAUCUCCGGAAGUAGAUGGGUCUCUAGAUGCUGGAAGAACAUCAUUACCGUCUGAUAAGAAGAAGACAGUCCGCAUCAACUCACCCCCGCAAUCGCCGCCCACGGCCACACAAGCAUACCAAGAUGCGUUAUCGGAUCGGAUUCCACGAAGCUCACACGAAGGGUCGCCUCCUCCGCAGCCGUUUCUCGCUAGAUCCGAUCCACAACGAGGCGAAGCGGUCGAUCCGUUUGAGCGCGAUCUCUCCGACUCUGAGUUGGCGCAGGAGAAUGAUGAGACGACAUUGUAUGCAAGAAGGAGCUCUUCACCAAUAUCGCACCCAGCCGAGCCAACAGCUGGAGCUCCACUCAAUCCAUUCUCCAAGACUUUGGCCAACAUAGAACCGGUCGGAUUGAACUCCACCCAGAAAGAGACUCAGGUCGAUAGGAAGCCCACAGAGAGGAUGAGAGCAUCGCUAGAUGUUGAUGCGUUCAAGAGACUCCUAAUGACAGGUAGUGCUGUACCAACAUCGUCUGGUACACCACCUCGUACACAAUCCCAACUUGGAACCGUCGCAGAAGCGGGCGACACCUCGGAGGACCAAUCGCUGUCGAGACAAUCGACAGCCAGCUUGCACUAUGACCUCGUGCGGGAGGAGUCUCCUUCAACAGCCCACCAAGAUGAUCUAGUCUCGGAGAGCAAGGAUCGUGCAGACUCCGUCAACGAGAGCAAGAAGCCAGAAAAAAAGAAGCCUCCUCCACCAAAGCAUCGCCAUGGCAAGCCUGUCGGGCCACGCGCUCCGCAGACAGUCUCCUUCUCGGACUUCACAUUAUCCAUGACCACCGAACAUGAACCCGUGACCUUCACCAGCGGUCCCUCCACAGAUCUCAACAAACCGCUUCCGCUUCCACCUGUUCCAGCCGCAUCCACCAGAACCUCCUCCUCUCGCGAAACCACCGAUUCCUUGGACCAAAGUCCGCAAACAAGCACCUCCGCCUUACCUACAAUAACCACAGAACCCACAUCGCAGAAGAAGGCUCCUCCUGCCCCUCCAAUAACCCGUCGUCAUUCCCAGCUCCGCACCGCGUCCAAGCAACCAGAAACCCGCUCCCGCUCCAACUCAAACCUCACAAUCUCCUCUCAACACUCCGACACACCCUCCACAUCCAUGACACACAAGACAGCUCCACCUCCGCCUCCACCCACGCGCCGUCCCGGCGCAGGCGCAAGCACAUCUUCAGACAUCCCCCGCUCGUCGCGCUCGUCCAUACAUUCGAUACAGGCCUCUGGGUCUCUUCCACCCGCUCCCCCACCGCGGCGCGGCUCCAGUAGAAGCAGCAUGGACGUGGUGCGUCCGAGCGUCGAGGCCUUGGCAGAUGCAAGGCGUGUGAGCAGCGACAGCAAGCGGUUCAGUCGAAGCUCGAUUGACGAGGAUGCAGCUGUAGAUGGGAGGUCUGAGAGCGUGGACAUCUUGGCUGAGAUGGCGCGGUUGCAGGCGGAGGUAGAUGCGUUACGACAGGGGAUUGGGCGCGAGCAUAAUAAGUAAGCGCCUGAGAUAUUGGCGCUGCAUUCCAACGUGGAGCAAUUACGAUUUGGCGGAGGGAUCUAGUGGGCUUGUACGAGGAAUCCUUUAAGCCUUGAUCAUUGCGAUGUGAAUAUGGAGCAUGGUGUUUUUUUGUUCCUCGCGUGGAUUUUCGGUAUAUAAGCGUCGGAAUCUGUGGUUAGUUACAUAGAUCGCUAUAUUAAGGAGAACCGAGACUUUCUCGAUAUGGUGAACACAUCACAGACACAGUGGGAUGGGCUUUACUGUAGGUACCGAUCGCAGGCGAGACAUGCUUGGGCACCCAUUGAAACAGGUUCUAUUCACAUAUUCAACCA